AUGACGACCGACCACCGAGCGCCAAUGUGGCUGCUAUCGCCGAUCGCGCUGCAGAUUCUGGACUACCUCGACGACGCCGAUGACGCACACGCCUUUCUUACAGCGGCGCCCAAUGAAAGCCUCGAUGACGCUCUCGACGCGCUGCGAGCGCUCUUGGCCGUGGACGCGGAGCUUCCACUCUGGCCCACGGCCCACAUUGCCAGUCUGGACGCAGCCUACGACGUCAGUCCCAGUAGCGUCAUGAAGGCGCUUCCGCUGUUCAGGAAGAUUUUUGUCACCUGCGGCCAGGACUAUGCAAAGAUAUGUCAUACCACGAAGCUGCCACCAACGACAAUCGUAAGCGCCAGCAUCGACGCCGCCAUGAUUCGAGGCGUCCUGGGCAAGUGGCUUCCAAACCUCGCGGCUCUUAGAAUCGUGAGCCAAUCCGCUCUGGCUGCUUCAGCGGUUAUCAAGGACAACCUCUCGGCGUGCGACGGCCUCCAAGCGCUCACUAUGGACCAAUACGAGGUGCUUCUUCAAGACACGUUGGAUACGGCGCUGGCUGUAGUCGUUGAAGCGUGCCCUCGCCUCGAGCGCGUCCGCCUCCGUCCAUCUAGCCUCUCGACCGCCUCGGACUACGCGGCCCUUCUCGCAUGGCUGGCGCUGCCCACAUCACGCCACAUGGCGCUCGAUCGAACCGAACCGAAAGGCGAGCUCUGUGCAAAGCUGAUGACAGCCAUGUUAGCAUCAACUACGCUGGAGACGAUCGAGCUGCUCGAAGUGCCAAUCUUCAUACGCGCAGUAUUGAGUUCGUCGUCGCCGCCGCUGCCGCGGCAGCUGCGUCACCUAACGAUCAAGGACGAUGCAAAGUACGACGACUACGAUUCGUACGACGAGUACGAUUCGAAUGACGACGACAGUGAUGACGCGUAUGACGAAGCCGAUAUCGACGAGGUUGACGACGUACCCAUGGAUCCCGCACCGCUUCUUGGCGACGCCGACGUCGCUGCCCUCGCAGCCAAAGUUGCGACAUCACGUCUUCAGAGUCUGGCGCUGCAUCUCGAAGCGCGCUGCGAUGUCACGUCGGUGAUGACCAUCUUGCCGCCGACGUUGACCAAACUCGCGCUCCAGACGGCGACACUUACCUCGUUUCCGCCGCUGGUUUCGCUCUGGCACCUCGAGCUCUGGGCGGUGCGAUUCUCCGACGAGGCCAUCGCGUCGCUAGCAGCGUGGCUGCGCUCGUUCCCAAAGCUGAUUCUGCACUUCCUCGACGACGCCGAUGACGCGUAUGCUUUUCUCCAAGCCGAACCCAAUGAGAUCCUCGAUGACGCGCUCAACGCGCUCCGGACGCUCUUGGCUAUGGACUUGCAGUUUCAGCUAUGGCCCACGCCGGUCUGGCAGUGGCCUACGACGUCAGUCCCAGCCCAAGACUGUUGGAGCAUUUGCCACAACACGGUCCUGCCACCAACGACCGUCGUGAGUGCUGAACAUCUCGGGGUCUUGAGUCCAAACAAACUGAGCUUUACAAGUGUCUUCAUGGACAACGUCUCGGCAUGCCAUGGCCUCCGUGCGCUCACCAGCCAUCCAAUGGAGACCCUCGACCAAGCCACGUUUGACGCUGCGCUAACGGCUGUCGUCGCUACGUGGCCCCAGCUCGAGCGUAUCCACUUGGUUUCACCCAGCCUCUCGCACAUGUCGGACUGCCAAUCUCUUCUCGCGUGGCUUGCGCUGCCUGCGGCACGCGAUCUCGUGCUGCAUGGUACCGACUUUCGAGACGAGCUCGGCGCCAAGCUGGCGACGGCCAUGCUCACGUCGAGGACCCUCGAGACAAUCGAGCUAAUUGAAGUCGCGAGCCUCACACGCGCGGUUUUGAGCCCAUCGUCGCCGCCACUGCCGCAACAACUGCGUCACCUGAAGAUCGACGACCACAUGCUGAUGGAAUUUUUUGCACCACCACCGGUGUUUGGCGAAGCAGAUAUGACCGCGCUCACCGCCAAGAUUACGAAUUCGCACCUUGAAAGUUUGCAUCUGGGGAUGCGAACCCGCUGUGAUGCCACGUCAGUGCUCAGCGUCUUACCACAGCUGCCGGCGCUGACCAAACUCGCGCUUCAGGGAGUCCAUCUGACCUCGUUUCCACCACUGCGCCACCUCGGGCAUCUUGAGCUGCGCACGGUGACCUUCUCGGACACUGCCAUCGAGUCGCUGGCUGCGUUUCUUGGGUCGUCGCCAAAGCUCGUGCAGCUGGAUCUGGGACACGACCCGCUCCCAGAUCCACACGCCAACAUCGUCUUUGGUGCGCUACCGCAAUGGCUCAGUCGUCGAGGUACGGCGUGCGAGAUACGCCUUGCGAUCACGAGCGAUGUAUGCGCGGAUGCUUUUGCGACGGCGCUCGCUCAGACGCGCAAUUCGCACAAGGUCACGAUUACGAUUGUGAGUGCUAUUCUCUCGCUUGCCGCCAUGAUGCAGCUUGUCGCGGCGUUGGCGUCGACGUCGCGGUUGGCGCUGGUCUUUAAUAGGGGAGGCCUUCGUCGUGCCGAAGAGGACACGGCACUGGAAGCGUAUGGUCGCGAGCAGCGUCUCCGGAUCAUCUAUCGCAAGGUGCGCCCUGGUAGCGACAAGCAGACCUGGUUCCACCCGCCCUGCGCUUCGGCUCGUUAAGAUGAUCAAUACCUCAACGAUCAUAACCCAACACCUUGAUUCGUAUCAUUGUCA